ACGAAUGAUAAUAAUUUCUGGAAAUGAUUGAUAGCAUGCAUGGGAAUUGCGGAUUUUUAUAUGCAGCUGGAAACUAAAAAACGGGUGGUGUCCAGGUUCAACGUAUGUGAUUGCUUGUUCGAGGAGAUGCCGCGAUUUCGCGAGAGUGGUUCUAGAACCCGCGGUCAAGUUCAAAUUUUGAGCUCCGCAAUGGAUUUCGCGACCUGUCCUAUUUGUAAUUUCAGCAUUCCGUCUCCCGAACUCGAGAGGCAUGUGGAUGAGCAUUUCUCUGAUGAAGAUUACGCCAGAGACUUUGAAUUCGCGCAGCAAAUUGCUCGUACUCCGCCUACGCUGCCUCGAAUUGCGGAAGAUUCCUCGGAAUGUAAGCCUAGUUGUGGGGAUGAUCCUCAGAACAGUUCUUCUAGGUGUGAUGCCAAGGUAACUGCAACCAUUGGGAACACUUGCGAUGAGAGGCACGCCUCUUUAUUCCGCUCACAGAGUAAGGAGUCAUUCUACAAAGUCGAAGGCGGUUUGAUGACUAUGUUAAGAAAAUGUUUGGAAUUAGAAUCAGGAGACUCCACAAGUAUCUUGUCUGGGCAUGUCGAUCAUUUUCAGAGCACUGACUCAUGGGACGCUGGGUGGGGAUGUGGGUGGCGUAAUAUCCAAAUGCUUAGCUCACACUUGAUUGCCCAACGACAAGAAGCAAGAGAGGUGCUGUAUGGUGGUUCUGGGUUUGUACCUAGUAUUGGAUCUCUACAAAGAUGGCUUGAACUUGCUUGGGAAAAAGGUUUUGAUACUCCUGGUGCAGAUGAAUUUGAUCAGAAAAUAUAUGGCAAGAGAAACUGGAUUGGAACCACUGAAUGCGCUGCACUUCUCCGUUCCUUUGGUCUGCGUGCCAGGAUAGUCGAUUUUUCCAGUAGAGAUUUUGAGUUGGCGGCUUCUUCAGCUCUUCAUUUAGGCCUUGAUACAAGGGAACUUCCACAGGUUUAUGGACCAAUGGAUAUAUUUCUGUCGAAGGGGAAACUAGAUUUGCCACCUACAGUUUCCUCCUGGAACCAAAGCUAUAAACAUUUUAGUGUUUCGUCUAAGGAUAAGGGACAUCAGAUUCUUACUGAGUGGGUGUGGAAUUACUUCUCUGGAAGCAAUGUCAGCAGAUCAAGCGACCGUCGUGUUGUUCUUAGCGAGAAAGCGCCAUUGUACUUCCAACAUGAUGGCCAUUCGAGAACCAUUGUUGGUAUUCAAGCUAAGCAUCAGAAGAACGGGAAGCAGCUGUACAACUUACUGAUUUUCGAUCCUGCUGACAAAACAAGAGCUCUGGAAAAAUCCUUCAGAGUGAACGUUGGGUGGCAGAAAUUGAUUAAGAGAGGUGUCCACACACUGAAGAAGCCGCAGUACCAGUUGUGCUUUAUUGAACCUGGAAUUGCUCAUGGGGAAGAGUUGGAGGAGCUGAAGGCCUUACACAGCACCCGUCAUGAAUUUUAGACCGCAUAUCAAUUUUCCAGGCCUCUGGAAACCUGAAAGUCCCGAGAGAACUCUAUUUUUUAUUGAGGGUUGCAUGGACACCUCUUUCCAAAACCUUGCUAUUAUGAAUCGCUAGUAGGGUAUCUGAGAAACAUCUUGCUGGAGUUGGGACUCGCCCAAUUUCAGUCUGUCAGUCAAGGUUGAAUGCAGAUGUUAAUGUUAACCUGUUCUGGUCGAGUUCAGUUGCUAAUUUUACCCCGGAGACAAGACCAACAGGCUCAGCAUCGGCAUCUUGUUCAGCGAUAAGUUAUUGCAUUAUCAUGUAUUCAUGUUCCAGACUUCCAAUACUAAAUGUUGCUCAACUUUACAGAAAGGGGAGGGAGGCUGAAGACGUUACUAGGGCUGCGGCAAAAAUUCCUUCACAUGGAAUGGUCCACCAUCCUGAUGGUUCAGGCACAAGUAUUUAUAUUGUGUUUGGAUUAAUGAAUUUGUAGUUAUUAUUACAAAAGAAAAAUUGAAAUUCUUUGAUUCUUGAGUUAUUUUUAAUAAUAUUAUAAGAAAA